UCCGCCACUUCAAUUGAGGUUUCCUGUGUCAGGUAUACUUGUUUCAAUGAGUAUGGUGGCCUCUUUGUUUAUUUUACAUCGUUCGAUAAACUUCUUCCUGCAGGAUCGUUCAUCUUCUUUUGCUUGAUACGAGCUGGUUAUGUAUUCUAUUUUUUUUUUAUUACGACGCUUAUACAUCUGGAUGGUUGGAUGUUCAUGUUUAUCCAUUAAAUUUGCUGGGGUUUUGGUUUUACUAAUUUGCUGACGGUUGUUGUUCCAUCAUGUUUUUCUGGUCUAAUUCCAAUAUUCCAAAUGAUAGUCAAAAUGGUUACCCCCAUAAGAAAGUAUUAAUAAUCAGGGCUGGAGUCUAGAACGGGCUCUUUCACCAAUGCCUAUUUUUGGGUUUUUGGAAUGGAACACAAGGGAGCCUGAGUUUUGGCAUUAUCUAGUGCCAUAGGCCACUGGUCGGGGGUCAUUUUGUAGUCUGCUGGAUUUUGGAACAUGGAACUUGGAAAAACUUGAACCUGGAACCUGUUUUCUUCUGAUAAUCUUUCCAAAUCUUAGUCACAUUCGUUUUUAUUUAAAAGAUUUUAGAAUUUUGUUUUAGAAUUUCUUCUUCUCUUGAUCUGACACAUUCAAUUGAUUUUAUAUUAUACGAAGAAACUUAUAUUUGCAUAUCAUUUUGAAAACUAUUUCUGUAGUUCUUUGACCAUCUGUUUCAUUAUAGGCAACGGAAAUUCGGUUGAUGUGAAACUACUAUGUCUUCGUUUAUUCUUCCUGCCAUGGUUUUCUUUUGAAGGCAACAUGUCUCAUCGCAAGUUUGAGCACCCAAGACAUGGCUCUUUAGGGUUUCUUCCAAGGAAGAGAGCUUCUCGGCAUAGAGGAAAAGUGAAGGCGUUCCCUAGAGAUGAUCCAUCAAAGCCUUGUAGGUUGACUGCUUUCCUUGGAUACAAGGCUGGGAUGACCCAUAUAGUCAGAGAAGUCGAAAAGCCUGGUUCAAAGCUACACAAGAAAGAAACAUGUGAAGCUGUGACAAUCAUAGAAGCGCCCCCCAUGGUUGUUGUUGGGGUUGUUGGCUAUAUCAAAACGCCCCGAGGUUUGCGUUCAUUUAAAACUGUGUGGGCCCAGCACUUGAGCGAGGAGGUAAAGCGGCGAUUUUACAAGAACUGGUGCAUGUCAAAGAAAAAGGCUUUCACGAAGUACUCGAAGAAGUACGAGACUGAAGAUGGUAAGAAAGAUAUUCAGUCGCAGUUGGAAAGUUUGAGGAAACACAGCACUGUAAUUCGUGUUCUUGCCCAUUCACAGAUAAGGAAGAUGCAAGGAUUAAAGCAAAAGAAAGCUCACUUAAUGGAAAUUCAAGUGAAUGGCGGAGAUGUUCCUAAGAAGGUUGAUUAUGCAUAUAGUUUGUUUGAGAAGCAGAUCCCUGUUGAUGCCAUUUUCCAAAAGGAUGAGAUGAUUGAUAUCAUUGGAGUAACGAAGGGCAAAGGCUACGAAGGUGUGGUGACCCGUUGGGGUGUCACUCGCCUGCCCCGUAAGACUCAUCGUGGCCUUCGGAAGGUAGCCUGUAUUGGUGCUUGGCAUCCAGCUAGAGUGUCGUUCACAGUUGCCAGGGCAGGACAGAAUGGUUAUCAUCACCGCACAGAAAUGAAUAAAAAAGUUUAUAAGAUUGGGAAGACUGGUCAAGAUUCUCACUCCGCCAUGACUGAAUUUGAUAGGACCGAGAAGGAUAUAACUCCAAUUGGUGGAUUCCCUCACUAUGGUAUCGUCAAAGAGGAUUACCUGAUGAUCAAGGGCUGUUGUGCGGGUCCAAAAAAGCGUGUGGUCACAUUGAGGCAGUCACUGAUCAAGCAAACAUCUAGAGUUGCUAUUGAGGAAAUCAAACUGAAGUUCAUAGAUACAUCUUCCAAGUUCGGCCACGGACGGUUCCAGACAACACAGGAGAAGGCUAAGUUUUAUGGACGAGUCAAAUAGGUUUUAUGGACCACUUUUUUCAUUGGGUUUCUUCAUUUUUGGUCGUUUUCAGAUUUGGUUGAUGUUGUGACGAAUAUUCUUCUCUCAUGUUCGAACAUUUGAUUGUUCUUUUCAAUGAAAAUAUCCCAUAGUUUAUCAGCA